CUGAGCGUUCAGGUGGUCCUGCUCCCAGCCCCUGCCUAACACUGCUGGUGGCUCCCUGCUGCCUUGGAGAGGGACCGCAGCUCUGCAGUGGGCAGGGACGUCCGGUGUGUGGCCUGAGAGCCCUGUAAGUGCUCAUGUCCUUUGGUUCGUGUCUUCAUUUCGGUCUCAGGAGGAGGUGAACCAACGAACCGUGCUCCUUCUGGCUGGAGGGCAGGACACGCUGGCCCUGCCUGGAUGGAGCAGAUGAAACGGGAAGCAUUUUCCGCGGUCCUUUCUUGGGGCCCACGUUGGAGGAGUGCCUCUGGAAAUCAGCCCACAGCCGUGGUACUCAGAAGCUGCCUUCCCACGGCCCUGCCCCAGGGGCCUUCUGUAUGUCCAAUGCUGAGGCGGCCUCUGCUCUCCUUGGCUUCUGGGACCCUCCCACAGGACAUGGCUGUCUCAGAGCAUGGCACAGGAAGCUCUCUGGGCUAUACUGUGGCCUUUCCUGCAGCAGUUGCUGAGCUUGUCACACAGCAGCUCAGAGGGAGGCCAGGGUCCAGGCGGCCUCCACCAAACCCCUUUUGCUCAUCCACUCGGCUCUGAUUGGGAGCGAGUUCCAGUACCCUCCCAGCCUCAGUUUCCCCACCUGUAGAAUGGGCUGUCACAGCCCAGCUGAGGUGAUGAUUGCAGGGCCUGAUCUUUUGAAGGCGCUUAGUGACAUCCUUGUGGCUCUUUCUCCCCUUCCCUCUCAGAGCGGGCUGGGGUCCUUUCUCUGGCAGUGGUCACCCUGUGGGGUCUCCCCCUUGGCAAGAGGCAGAGCCUUCCGGGAACUGGCACGCCGCAGAUUCAAGGCGGCCCGCUCGUCUCUGGUCCCUGCUGUCCACUCCCGCGGGUCUUCCCACUUCCUCCAAGUGAGCAGAGACUUCCCCAAGCCAAGCUGUUGGUCCUGGAGGACAGGCCUUCCGUUAAGGUCGUCAGUCACCUGGAGCCUGCAGAGGGAAGUGAGACCAGCCCCACUGCCACCCUUUCUAAACCACUGGCUCUCACAGAACUGGGUCAUCACAGCCAUGUUUAGAUUUCUCUAAAACAAAUAUUUGCCUGGCCGGUCCAGGCAGGUCGAAGAGUGUGCUAAGUGGCAGGAGUGGAAGUUGGGGUGGUGGGCACCGUGACCCAGCAGCGCCUGCUCUCGGUGGCUCCUCUGCGCACCCGGCAUGUCCCGAGUGGGAGGAGAAGGUGGGAUGCCGUUUGGGGAAGGGUGUGCACACUCGCCCUCUCACCUGCGUCUCCCACAUCCGCGAGGCUCUGGCGCUUCCAGUGACAGACAAGUGUCUCCCCAGCUGGAUAUUGAGCCAACGGCACAGCUUCUCGCUGAAUUCUGAGGGUGCUGAGAGGAUGGCCACCACCGGGACCCCAGCGGCCGACCGGGGCGACACAGCCGCCACGGAUGACCCGGCCGCCCGCUUCCACGUGCAGAAGCACUCGUGGGACGGGCUGCGGAGCAUCAUCCACGGCAGCCGCAAGUACUCAGGCCUCAUCGUCAACAAGGCGCCCCAUGACUUCCAGUUCGUGCAGAAGACGGACGAGUCCGGGCCUCACUCCCACCGCCUCUACUACCUGGGGAUGCCAUAUGGCAGCCGGGAAAACUCCCUCCUGUACUCCGAGAUUCCCAAGAAGAUCCGGAAAGAGGCUCUGCUGCUUCUCUCCUGGAAGCAGAUGCUGGAUCACUUCCAGGCCACGCCCCACCAUGGGGUCUACUCCCGGGAGGAGGAGCUGCUGAGGGAGCGGAAGCGCCUGGGGGUCUUCGGCAUCACCUCCUACGACUUCCACAGCGAGAGCGGCCUCUUCCUCUUCCAGGCCAGCAAUAGCCUCUUCCACUGCCGGGACGGCGGCAAGAACGGCUUCAUGGUGUCCCCUAUGAAGCCGCUGGAAAUCAAGACCCAGUGCUCAGGGCCCCGGAUGGACCCCAAAAUCUGCCCCGCCGACCCUGCCUUCUUCUCCUUCAUCAACAACAGCGACCUGUGGGUGGCCAACAUCGAGACGGGCGAGGAGCGGCGGCUGACCUUCUGCCACCAAGGUUUAUCCAAUGUCCUAGAUGACCCCAAGUCUGCGGGCGUGGCCACCUUCGUCAUACAGGAAGAGUUCGACCGCUUCACUGGGUACUGGUGGUGCCCCACAGCCUCCUGGGAAGGUCCAGAGGGCCUCAAGACACUGCGAAUCCUGUACGAGGAAGUCGAUGAAUCCGAGGUGGAGGUCAUUCACGUCCCUUCUCCUGCACUAGAAGAGAGGAAGACGGACUCGUAUCGGUACCCCAGGACAGGCAGCAAAAAUCCCAAGAUUGCCUUGAAACUGGCGGAGUUCCAGGUCGACACACAGGGCAAGAUCGUCUCGACCCAGGAGAAGGAGCUGGUGCAGCCCUUCAGCUCACUGUUCCCGAAGGUGGAGUACGUUGCCAGGGCUGGCUGGACCCGGGACGGCAAAUAUGCCUGGGCCAUGUUCCUGGACCGGCCCCAGCAGUGGCUCCAGCUCGUCCUCCUCCCCCCAGCCCUGUUCAUCCCGAGCACGGAGAAUGAGGAGCAGCGGCUCGCCUCUGCCAGAGCGGUCCCCAGGAACGUCCAGCCGUACGUGGUGUACGAGGAGGUCACGAAUGUCUGGAUAAAUGUUCAUGACAUCUUCUAUCCCUUCCCCCAGUCGGAGGGAGAGGACGAGCUCUGCUUCCUCCGCGCCAAUGAGUGCAAGACCGGCUUCUGCCAUUUGUACAAAGUCACCGCCGUUUUAAAAUCCCAGGGCUACGACUGGAGUGAGCCCUUCAGCCCCGGGGAAGAUGAAUUUAAGUGCCCCAUUAAAGAAGAGAUUGCUCUGACCAGUGGUGAAUGGGAAGUUUUGGCGAGGCACGGUUCCAAGAUCUGGGUCAACGAGGAGACCAAGCUGGUAUACUUCCAGGGCACCAAGGACACGCCACUGGAGCACCACCUCUACGUGGUCAGUUACGAGGCAGCUGGGGAGAUUGUGCGCCUCACCACACCUGGCUUUUCCCACAGCUGCUCCAUGAGCCAGAACUUCGACAUGUUCGUCAGCCACUACAGCAGUGUGAGCACGCCGCCCUGUGUGCACGUCUACAAGCUGAGCGGUCCUGACGACGACCCCCUGCACAAGCAGCCCCGCUUCUGGGCCAGCAUGAUGGAGGCAGCCAGCUGCCCCCCAGAUUAUGUGCCUCCAGAGAUCUUCCACUUCCAGACGCGCUCGGACGUGCGACUCUACGGCAUGAUCUACAAGCCCCACGCCUUGCAGCCAGGGAAGAAACACCCCACCGUCCUCUUUGUGUAUGGAGGCCCCCAGGUGCAGCUGGUGAAUAACUCCUUCAAAGGCAUCAAAUAUCUGCGGCUCAACACGCUGGCCUCGCUGGGCUACGCUGUGGUCGUCAUCGAUGGCAGGGGCUCCUGUCAGCGGGGCCUUCGGUUUGAAGGCGCCCUGAAAAACCAAAUGGGCCAGGUGGAGAUCGAGGACCAGGUGGAGGGCCUGCAGUUUGUGGCCGAGAAGUAUGGCUUCAUUGACCUGAGCCGAGUCGCCAUCCAUGGCUGGUCCUACGGGGGCUUCCUCUCCCUCAUGGGGCUAAUCCACAAGCCCCAGGUGUUUAAGGUAGCCAUCGCGGGUGCCCCAGUCACCGUCUGGAUGGCCUACGACACUGGGUACACUGAGCGCUACAUGGAUGUCCCCGAAAACAACCAGCAUGGCUAUGAGGCGGGUUCCGUGGCCCUGCACGUGGAGAAGCUGCCCAAUGAGCCCAACCGCCUGCUCAUUCUCCAUGGCUUCCUCGACGAAAACGUGCACUUUUUCCACACAAACUUCCUCGUCUCCCAACUGAUCCGAGCAGGGAAACCUUACCAGCUCCAGAUCUACCCCAACGAGAGACACAGUAUUCGCUGCCCUGAGUCGGGAGAGCACUAUGAAGUCACGCUGCUGCACUUUCUACAGGAAUACCUCUGAGCCCGCCUGCCGGGGCCACCGCACAGCACAAGCGGCUGCAGCCUCCGCCGGGGACCAGGUGGGAGGGACUGAGUGGCCCGCGGGCCCCAAUGAGGCGCCUCGUCCUGCCCCGCGCUGGCCAGCCCCGUGGAGCCGCUGCCUUCACCGCCCCAACGCCUUUUACCCUUUUUCAAAUGCUCCUGGGUUUUGUGCCGCUGCUUCUUGGUUGCCGAGACAGAGCCUCGGGCCAGCCCCUCCUCUCCCUGCCUUCUGGGAGGAGGGGGUCACACGCUGAUGGGCACUAGAGAGGCCAGAAGAGACCAGGAGCGGGGUGCCCUCCGCCCGGGGCCACUGUGGCCUCGGUCCCCUGGCCCAGCCAGCCACCGUCCCUAGCACCCAAGCAUGCAAUUGCCUGUCCCCUGCCCCCGCCAGCCUCCCCUCUUCAUGUUUGUGUUUUAUUUGGGGGGAUAUUUUUCAUAAUUAAUUAAAAGACAGGCCGGGCACGGUGGCUCAUGCCUGUAAUCCCAACACUUUGGGAGGCUGAGAUGGGUGGAUCACCUGAGGUCGGGAGUUUGAGACCAGCCUGACCAACAUGGAGAAACCCCAUCUCUACUAAAAAUACAAAAAAUAAGCCAGGCGUGGUGGCGCAUGCCUGUAAUCCCAGCUACUCGGGAGGCUGAGGCAGGAGAAUCGCUUAAACCCAGGAGGCCGAGACUGCGGUGAGCUGAGAUCGUGCCACUGCACUCCAGCCUGGGUAACAAGAGCGAAACUCAGUCUCCAAAAAAAAAUAAAAAAGACAGAAAGCAAGAGGUGCCUAAAUCUAGACUCGGGGUCCACACCAGGCAGCAGGGUUGCAACCUGGCACCUGGUGAGCUCCGUUUCUUCCCAAGCCCGAGCACAGGGUCGUGCGGACUCCACAGGGGAACGGCCAGGGCCCGAGGGGGGCACCACCUGCAGACCGCCCUCCCGUCCCCAAGCUUUCAGGCAGGCACUGAAAUGCACCAAGCUUCCGCACUCUGCUGGUCAGUGGCGGCUAUCCCCUCCCCAGCCCAGCCGCCCAGCCACAGGUGUCUGCCUGGCUCGUACACACCGGGGGUUCCGGGUUGGGAGCUGAACCAUCCCCACCUCAGGGUUAUAUUUCCCCCCUCUCCUUCCCUCCCCGCCAAGAGCUCUGCCAGGGGCGGGCAAAAAAAAAGUAAAAAGAAAAGAAAAAAAAAAAGAAACAAACCACCUCUACAUAUUAUGGAAAGAAAAUAUUUUUGUCAAUUCUUAUUCUUUUAUAAUUAUGCGUGGAAGAAGUAGACACAUUAAACGAUUCCAGAUGGAAACGUG